AUGACAGGACAAGCUAGCCUCUUGCGAGGCAACUCGCUUGGAAUCACAACCUUACUGACCUUUGCUAUUCUAUCUUUAGCAUGGAUGGUCGGAUUUGCAUCUCGUUUGUUUGCCAUCGUUCGUUUCGAGUCUAUCAUCCACGAGUUCGAUCCAUGGUUCAACUACCGCGCUACUCACAAUAUGGUCCAAAACGGUUUCUAUAGUUUCCUGAACUGGUUCGAUGAACGUGCCUGGUACCCUCUUGGUAGAAUUGUCGGAGGAACCGUCUACCCCGGUCUGAUGGUUACCUCUGGAUUGAUUCACUGGAUUCUGGAAACAUUGAACUUCCAAGCUCAUAUCAGAGAUAUCUGUGUUUUCUUGGCUCCUACUUUCUCAGGACUUACUGCUAUUGCCACCUAUUUCUUGACUAAGGAAUUAUGGAGUGUUGGAGCAGGUCUUUUCGCUGCUUGCUUCAUCGCUAUUUCUCCUGGAUACACCAGUCGUUCUGUUGCUGGAUCUUAUGAUAACGAAGGAAUUGCUAUCUUCGCUCUUCAAUUCACAUAUUACCUCUGGGUAAAAGCUUUGAAAACCGGGUCAGUAAUGUGGGCAUCCUUGUGUGCUCUUUCCUACUUCUACAUGGUGUCAGCUUGGGGAGGAUAUGUCUUCAUCAUCAACUUGAUUCCAUUGCACGUUGUUGCUCUUAUCGUUAUGGGACGUUAUUCUUCUCGUCUCUUUGUUGCUUAUACUUCAUUCUACUGUCUGGCUACCGUUCUGUCCAUGCAGAUUCCAUUCGUAGGGUUCCAACCUGUGCGCACUUCUGAACACAUGCCAGCUUUCGGAGUGUUUGGUCUGCUUCAGAUUGUCGCUGCUCUUCAAUACCUUAGACCUCGUGUUACUCGUCAACAGUUCGUUACUAUUUUCGGUGGCGGUCUUGCUAUCACGUUCGGACUUGCCUUCGUUGUUUACUUUGCCCUAGUUUGGGGAGGAUAUGUUGCUCCCUUCUCUGGACGUUUCUACUCUCUCUGGGAUACCGGUUAUGCUAAGAUUCACAUUCCAAUUAUUGCCUCUGUUUCUGAACAUCAGCCUACUACUUGGGUUGCAUUCUUCUUUGAUUUACAUAUCACCGCUGCUAUCUUCCCAGCUGGAUUAUGGUUCUGCGUUAAGAAAGUUAACGAUGAAAGAGUUUUCAUCAUUUUGUAUGCCGUUUUCUCCGUUUACUUUGCUGGAGUCAUGGUCCGUUUGAUGUUAACAUUGACACCUGCAGUUUGUGUUCUUGCUGGAAUCGCUUUCUCCCACAUCUUUGAAAAAUACUUGCGAGAUGAAGAGAAGACUGUCACCAAGCCAGAAAGUGAGAAGGUCCAAUAUGACAAGCCCUCUAAGAAGAAGACAGUAACUGCUGGAGAAUCUGUUGAUGAAUCUGUUGGAUUGAACGCUAAAUCUAUUGUUUGCGUUGUUCUCUCCCUUCUUCUUAUGAUGUUCGUAGUUCAUUGUACAUAUGUGACUAGCAAUGCAUACUCUCAUCCAUCUGUUGUGCUUCAAAGCUCUACUCAUGAUGGUGAUCGCAUCAUUAUGGAUGACUUCCGUGAGGCUUAUCACUGGCUGCGUGAGAACACUGCUGAUGAUGCCAGAAUUAUGUCCUGGUGGGAUUACGGUUAUCAAAUCGCUGGAAUGGCUAACAGAACAACUCUUGUUGACAACAACACCUGGAACAACUCCCACAUUGCUUUAGUUGGUAAAGCUAUGUCUUCUAACGAAUCUGCCGCUUAUGAAAUUAUGAAAGAGUUAGACGUCGAUUACAUUCUUGUGAUUUUCGGAGGAGUCAUCGGAUAUUCUGGUGAUGAUAUCAAUAAGUUCUUGUGGAUGGUUAGAAUCGCCGAAGGAGAACAUCCAAAGGAAAUUAGAGAAGCUAAUUAUUUCACUGAAUCCGGAGAAUACAGCGUAGGAGCUCAAGCCUCUGAAACUAUGCUCAACUGUCUUAUGUACAAGAUGAGCUAUUAUCGUUUUGGUGAAACUAGAGUAGGAUACAACCAAGCUGGUGGUUUCGAUAGAACUCGUGGAUAUGUCAUCGGAAAGAAGGACGUCACUCUUGAAUAUAUCGAGGAAGCUUACACUACUGAGAACUGGCUUGUUAGAAUUUAUAAAGUUAAGGAUUUACCAAAUCGUCCCUCUCUGAAAGCCAAUGAGAAGAAGAUGCGCGUCGGAAAGAAGUCGGCCAGCAAAGGAAAGAACAAGAAGGGAGUCUUGAGAAACAAGCCUACCAUCGUUAAGGCUUCACCUUGA